AGAAAAAGAAAAGUAAAAUUGGUGGGAGAAACCAGAGAAGGGGUUAACGUGGGAAAAUUACAGUCAGCUCCGCAGUCUGCAGGAUCAGAGAGACACCGCCCGCGGUGGUCCUUAUUCAUCGUAUCCAACCUUUUGAACUGUUACCGGAUUCCACAGGUCGAAUUUCUAGGGUUUUGGUCUCAGUCGGUGACAAUUUCGGAGCACUCUGAUUGAUUUCUAGGGAUUACGGGGAUUGAAUAAUCCGGUUCGGUUGGGUUGCCGAUCCGAGCCUUGUGGCUGAGGAAGGAGGGAUUGGUUUAUGCGCGCCAUUCCGAUGUCUGAGAAACCUGGCUUGAAGCAGGUUCUGGAGGACUCGGCAGCUGAGGCGGAGGGAGAUCAAGCGAUUCGGGGCAGUCCAAUUCCGAAUGGUUUGGUCAAGGAUUCGAAUGUGAUUCGAAACGACGUCGCCGAGCCGGUGAAUCAGGAAUUAGGGUCGGAGUCGCCGGCGGCGGACGGAGUCGAAGACGGCGAUGACAGGGUUCCGGGAGAUAAAGGCAAAGUGACGGAGGAUUCGGGGAAAGAGGAGUUCGUCGAUUGCUCGGAGGAUUACGCCAUGGAUGAGGUGGAUCGCCUGCGGCUUUUGCUGGAGACUACUGUUAGCGAGAAGGAAAGUUUAGCGCGCCAAUUCGAGGAAGAAAGAGAGGCUUUUGGUAGAGAAUUAGCAAGUCUUCGGUUUCAGCUCAAUGCUUUCACUGAUCCACAGCCAUCGAUUGGCGAAAGCGGUAAUUUUGUUAAUACCCGAUGGACUGAGUUGAUAAAUGAAUGUUCUGGACUUGUUAAGACGGCUUUGGAAAAACGGUUGCAGACUGAGGCCGCAGUGAGAGAGCUUGAAGGAGUUGUGUUUAAGAAGGAUCAAGAGAUUGAGGAACUCAAUGCCAAGGUCAAUGAGUUUUCGGUAUUGAAUGAUGUGGUAUCAAUUUUUUUGAAUUCUGCUCAGAGGUCUGUGGAAGUGUCAUCUGAGGCUCAGAUUGAGAAGGAUACACACGUUGAAUUUGUGACUAACAGGAUGUUGGCUUCAAUUAAGGGUGUCGUUGAUCAACAAGAAAUGGUGGAUGGUUCUAUAGGUGGAAAAUUAGCACAUGUUGAGCAAUGCACUUCGAUCUUAAUUCAAAAGUUGACCGGGAUGCUUUCUGAAAUUGAGCAACUUAGACAGUGUUUACCGGAGGCCAGGUCAGAUCUUGACUCGCAUGAAUUAGGGGGGAUCUUCGCUGCUGCCCGUGAUGAGUUAUUUGAGCACAAAAGAAAGGAAGCAGAGUUUGUCCAAAGAUUGAGCCAUCUAGAAGAUGAAAAUAGGAAAUUGAUUGAAGAACUUGAAAAUCAAAAAGGAAUAGUUGAGAUGGUAAAUGCGGCUCUAGGACAAACAAAAAUGGAACUAGAGCAGGAGAAGCAUAGGUGCGCUAAUACCAGAGAGAAGCUUACUAUGGCCGUGACAAAAGGGAAGGCAUUGGUACAGCAACGGGACUUGUUGAAGCAGUCCAUUGCUGAAAAAACAAGUCAGCUUGAGAAGUGUUUGAUUGAAUUGCAAGAGAAGUCAAGUGCACUUGAAGCUGCUGAGUUAACCAAGGAGGAAUUGAUUAGAAGUGAAAAUUCGAUUGCAUCCUUACAAGAAAUAGUAUCCCAGAAGAAUGCAAUCAUUGAAAGUUUGGAGGAGGUUAUGUCUCAGACCGGUGUACCUGAGGAACUUCAGUCUAUGGAUAUUCUAGAGAGGCUUCGGUGGCUUUCGGUUGAAAAUGAUAAACUCAAGGGCAUUUCCCUUGAAUUCCAAAACUUGAGGGAUGCUAUGCAGGCAAUUGAUCUACCAGAAGUUAUUUCAUCUUCUGACUUAGAGUAUCAAGUGAAUUGGCUUAGGGAAUCGUUUUCUCAGGCCGAAGAGGAAGUUCUUAUGUUGCGCAAUGAAAUUACUGCAACUAAGGAAGUGGCACGUAAAAAUAUAGACCACUUAACUGAUUCACUUUCAGCUGAGUUGCAGGCAAAGGAAUAUCUCCAAGCAGAGCUGGACAAUCUGACAUCUGAAUACCAAGAGAUUGUCAAGAAAGAGCAACAGGUGUCUUUGGAGAAGGCUGAUAUGGCCAAAGAGGAAGUACUUAUGUUGCGCGAUGAAAUUACUGCAAAUAAAGAAGUGGCGCGUAAAAAUAUUGAAGACUUAACUGCUGCACUUUCAGCUGAGUUGCAGUCAAAGGAAUAUCUCCAAGCAGAGCUGGACAAUCUGACAUCUGAAUACCAAGAGAUUGUCAAGAAAGAGCAACAGGUGUCUUUGGAGAAGGCUGGUAGGGCCAAAGAGGAAGUACUUGUGUUGCGUGAUGAAAUUACUGCAACUAAAGAAGUGGCGCGUAAAAAUAUUGAAGACUUAACUGCUUCACUUUCAGCUGAGUUGCAGUCAAAGGAAUAUCUCCAAGCAGAGCUGGACAAUCUGACAUCUGAAUACCAAGAGAUUGUCAAGAAAGAGCAACAGGUGUCUUCAGAGAAGGCCAAUAUGGUCAGAAUGUUACUCAAUGUGUCGGGAGUUGUAGUGGACAAUGAAGAGGUCUAUGAGCCUUCCUCGGACACUGCCUUGCUCAUUGACAGAUGCAUUGGGAAGAUAAAAGAACAGAGUAGUUCCUCACUUGAUUCUCCAAAGGUUGAUGCUGAAUUGUUUGAAACAAUUCAAACCCACCUGUAUGUAAGAGAUCAGAAAUUGAUGCUUUGUGAGACUUUACUAGAAGAGGAGACUCUGGUGAGGUCACAGGUGAGUAAUCUAUCGAAUGAGUUGCGGGAUGUAUCUCAAAAACUUGUAGCGUUGAAAGAGGAAAAGGGGACCCUGCAGAGAGAUUUUGAACGAUCAGAGGAGAAAAAUACUGUGCUAAGGGAGAAGUUAUCCAUGGCAGUCAAGAAAGGUAAGGGACUGGUUCAAGACCGGGAAAACUUGAAACAUCGUUUGGAUGAAAAGAAAUCGGAAAUUGAUAAGUUACAGCUUGAGUUACAGCAGGAACAAUUGGCACUUGUUGAAUGCAGGGACAAGAUAAGUAGUUUGUCUGCUGAUGCAGAUCGCAUCCCAAAGUUAGAUGCUGAUCUAGUUACAAUGAAGGAACAACGGGAUCAACUCGAACAGUUCUUAUUGGAGAGUAAUAACAUGUUACAGAGAGUAAUCGAAUCUCUUGAUGGCAUUGAUCUUCCUGUCGAUCCAGUUUUUGAAGAGCCUGUGGGGAAGGUGAAGUUCAUUGCAGGAUACAUAAAUGAGUGUCAGGAUGCGAAGGAAAAAGCAGAGCAAGAAUUGGGAAAAGUAAAAGAGGAUGUCAAUGAUCUGGCUGGUAAGUUAGCAGAAGCUCACUCAACUAUAAAGUCGCUGGAAAAUGAGUUGUCAGUUGCAGAGAAUGAUAUUUCUCAACAUGUUGAACAAAAGAGGGAAAUGGAAGUGGGUAAGACCAAUGUUGAAAAAGAGUUCGAGAAAGCAAUUGAGGAAGCUAAGUCUCAAGCUAUCAAGUACAGUGAGGUUUGUGCGUCAAAAAAGUCACUGGAAGAGGCGUUAUCACUCGUAGAAAAUAAUAUAUCUGUGCUUGUCAGUGAAAAAGAAGGAGCUUUAGCCGGUAGAGCUGCUGCAGAGACAGAGCUAGAGAAAGUAAAAGAGGAAGUUGAUAUUCAGACUGGCAAACUAACAGAGGCAUAUAAGACCAUAAAGUUACUCGAAGAUUCCCUAUCGCAGGUACAGGACAAUGUUUCUUUACUCAUUGAACAAAACAAUGAAGUUCAAAUUGGUAGGACCAAUUUAGAGGGUGAUCUAAAGAAACUGCAAGACGAAGCUCGAUUCCACGAUAACAAGGUAGCAGAUGCCCAGGCAACCAUAAAAUCACUGGAAGAUGCAUUGCUGAAGGCUGAGAAUGAUAUUUCUGUACUUGAAGGUGAAAAGAAAAAUGCUGAAGAAGAAAUAUUAACUCUUAAUUCCAAGUUAAAUACAUGCAACGAAGAGUUGUCUGGAACUAAUGGCAGCACAGAAAGCAGGUCCAUAGAGCAAAGUUGUCACCUACAUAAUCUUCACCUGUUACUGAAGGAUGAAACUCUGUUGUCCACUGUGAAAAGAUGUUUUGAGAAGAAAUUUGAGGGCCUGAAAGAUAUGGAACUCAUUCUAAAAAAUAUAAAGGACCGUUGUGUUUCCAUGAAUUUAGAAGAGCUGCAAAGAUACCUAGUGUUGGAGGAAGAUUCAUAUGCAACAAAGUCUUUCUCAGAUGGCCUUGACAAUUUUUACAGUGUUGAAAAGGAUAAUGGUGAGGCCAGUGUUUCCGAUGCUGAUAUGUCCUCAUAUUUGAAGAAGACUGCAGAAAAGUUUCAGUUGCGAGACAAUAUUCUUGCAGAAAAUGUUGAACGCUUCUCUUCUUCUGUAGAUGAGUUUAUUGCAAAUCUGUUGAGAAAUCUACAGGCAAUAAGGGAUGAAGUAAUCACUAUGUCCGAGAACAUGGAGUCUGUCAAGGAAAAAGCAACUAAUCUGGAAAUAAGUAAACAGGAACAGGAGGAUACAAUAGCCAGUUUAGAAAAUGAUCUUAACUCUCUACUCUCUUCUUGUACUGAUGCUACUGGAGAACUUCAGUUUCAAGUCAAGAACAAUUUACUUGAACUGAGCUCUGUUCCUGAGCUUGAAGAAUUGAAACAUUAUCUGUUCCUAGAAACAGGAGCAAUUGGUGGAGAGACCACAGAAACCAAUGAGCAAGGUCUAUACGGCAGCAAAUAUGGGAAAACUGCAGAAAUGUUGUCCAUUUCUAUUAGAAAAGUUAAAGCUUUGAUUAAACAGUUUGAGAGCGCAAGUAAAGUGGCAGCCUCUACAAUUGAAGAUUUGCAGAGUAAACUGACAGAAGCGAGGAUGACUGUUGAGAAAGCCGUUGAAGAAAGGGAUCUUGGACAAAAUAGGAUUUCCAAGUUGGAUGCUGAUGUAGAAGCAUUACAGAAUUCAUGCAGUAAGCUGGCACUUAGACUAGAGGAUUAUCAAUCCAAAGAGGAUAAGUUGAACGAAAAAGAGGCAGAAGUUUUAUCACUGCGCAAUGCUUUGUCAAUGAAGGAACAAGAGGCGGAAGACUCACUCCUGUCAGCAUCUGAAAUCAAAAUCCUCUUUGACAAGAUCAGCGGGAUUGAAAUCCCUAUGCCAGAGUCACAUGGAGGAGACUUGGAGCCCCACAUUUCAUCUCAUGUGAAUAAACUAUUCUACGUUAUUGAUAGUAUUAGUGACCUUCAGCAUCAGAUAAACUUCUUGUCUUAUGAAAAAGACGAGCUGCAGUCAACUCUUGGGACUAGGAAUCUUGAAAUUGAACAAUUGAAGGAGGAGGUUGAAAGUUAUGAUAGAGAUAGACAAGGUAGAGAGAAGAUGAAAAAUGAACUGUCUCUGCUCAUAUAUAGUUUGGAAAAAAUUAUAGAUAUGUCAGGAGGUAAUGAUUUAGUAGGAGACCAGAAAUCUUCUGGUGUGACGGGACUUCUAUCAGUGUUGGAGAAGCAGGUUAGGGCUUUACAACUGGAAUCUGAAAGUUCAAAAUCAAAAGCCCAGGAACUUGGUACUAAGUUGGGAGAGAGCCAAAAGAUUGUGGAGGAAUUAUCGACUGUGGUUAAUUCACUUCAAGGAAGGGCUGCUCAGUCAGAGAUUGUCCAGGACAGGAGCAUCUUUGAAGCACCUUCAUUGCCUACCGGUUCAGAGAUAUCUGAAAUUGAAGAUGGGGGAUCACACGGAAAGAACGGGAUAUCUCCUGUCCAAUCAGCAGCUCAUGUGCGAACUAUGCGAAAGGGUUCAACUGACCAUCUGGCAAUUGAAAUUGGAUCUGAAUCUACCCGGUUACUCAACAGUGAAGAAACUGAUGAGGACAAAGGUCAUGUAUUCAAGUCUCUCAAUGCAUCUGGUCUCAUUCCAAGACAGGGAAAGUUGGUUGCAGAUCGAAUAGAUGGAAUUUGGGUAUCUGGCGGGCGGGUUUUGAUGAGUCGCCCGAGGGCAAGGCUCGGACUUAUCGUCUACUGGCUCUUCUUGCAUCUGUGGCUGCUGGGAACCAUUUUGUAACCAAUCAAGUCUCUGGUUGCCCCUCAUUAGGGUGUGCAACCAAAUUGUAUCAUAGACAGACAUUUUGUCUUUUCCUUUUGCUGUUCUUUUCUUUCGCUUUGCAUAUAUGUCUCAUCCCCAAACUAUAAAAUUCGAUGCAAUCACAUUUUUUUUAGGUUGCAGAGAAUCAAAUCGCAGGUGGAGAAUUUUCCACAUUUUGUUA